GGACCGGAACAGGAAAAAAAUAUAGACUCGAUGGCGCUUUCUUUGUUCUGAUUGGCCCAUUUGAAAAAUCCGUUGUCCUCGAGACCGGAGGGAAAGUUCGAACUUGGAACUGAGGAGAAGGAUCUCAGAAAACAAGAGUUGAAAUAAUAACAAACAACAACAAUUCACCAUGAUAAGACCUACUAAGGGCAAAACCCCACGUAGACCUGCUCCCAAGAAGCCACCCAGCAACCAGAAAGACCCGGUUGGGGUGUACUGCCGUGUACGACCCCUGGGUGUAGAAGAUGAGGAGUGUUGUAUCGAAGUUAUCAGCAACACCACCAUUCAGUUGCAUGCUCCUGAUGGGCUAAAAGCCAACAGGAAUGGGGAGUUCAAAGAGACACAGUAUUCUUUCAAGAAGGUGUUUGGAAUUAGCACAUCCCAGAUGGAAUUGUUUGAGGAUGUUGCCAAACCUCUUGUGGAUGACCUCAUUCAUAGUAAAAAUGGCCUAUUGUUUACUUAUGGUGUCACAGGAAGUGGGAAGACUUUUACAAUGACUGGUUCUCCAGGGCAGGGUGGUCUUCUCCCCCGGUCUCUUGACAUGAUCUUCAACAGCAUAGGUCCAUACCAGGCUAAGAGAUUUGUUUUCAAGACAGAUGACAAGAAUGGUAUGGAGGUCCAGACUCAGGUUGACGCUCUGCUUGAAAGGCAAAGGAGGGAAAACCAGUCAUCUGUUCCCAAAACCCCCUCCUCCAAACAAAGGCUGGAUCCAGAGUUCGCCGACAUGAUCAAUCCAGAGGAGGCCUGCAAAGCUGAAGGUGUUGAUGAGGAUAGCAGCUACAGUGUGUUUGUGUCCUACAUUGAGAUCUACAAUAACUACAUCUAUGAUCUUCUGGAAGAAGCUCCAUUUGAGCCAAUCAGACCAAAGUGGAAUGGUGCAGGCACUCCUCUGAGGCAGAACACUGAGUUCAUACCUCCGCAAUCCAAAAUCCUCAGAGAGGACCAGAACCAUAACAUGUAUGUGGCCGGAUGCACAGAGGUUGAGGUGAAGUCCACAGAGGAAGCGUUUGAGGUUUUCUGGAGAGGCCAAAAGAAAAGGAGGAUUGCCAACACUCAGCUAAACAGAGAAUCCAGUCGUUCCCACAGUGUGUUCAUCAUCAAACUAGCACAGGCCCCCCUGGAUGCAGACGGAGAUAACAUCCUGCAGGAUAAGAGCCAGGUGAAUGUGAGCCAGCUGUGUCUGGUGGACCUGGCAGGUAGCGAGCGCACCAGCAGGACUCGGGCCGAGGGCAGCCGCCUGAGAGAAGCAGGUAACAUCAACCAGUCCUUGAUGACUCUGAGGACUUGUAUUGAGGUUCUCAGGGAGAACCAGAUGUGUGGCACAAACAAGAUGGUUCCCUAUAGAGAUUCAAAAGUGACACACCUGUUCAAGAACUACUUUGAUGGAGAGGGAAAAGUCCGGAUGGUGGUCUGUGUCAAUCCCAAAGCUGAUGACUAUGAGGAAACCAUGCUGGUGAUGCGGUUCGCCGAGAUGACUCAGGAAGUGGAGGUGGCGCGGCCGGUGGACAGACCCAUCUGUGGCUUUGCUGCCGGGCGGCGCCAGAAGAACCAGGCCUUUAAGGAUGAGCUCUCCCGGCGCCUGGAGGAGAGGGGCGGCCCUGUAGACGGAGCUCCCUCUGUGAUGAACGAGCUGCUGCAGAGCUUCCCCCCGCUGCCCGCCUGCGAGCUGCUGGACCCCCACGAUGACGUCACCCUGCCCAGGAUCAUCCAGGUUCUGGAACAGAGGCAGCGGAUCAGGCACAGGAUGACCGAGGAGUACCACAAAGCCGCCAAAAUGAUGAAGUCCAUGCUGCAGGAGUUGGACAGCAACCUUGUCACCAAAGACAACUUCAUCCAUGAUCAGAGGGGCAAACUGGGAGAGAAAGACAAAAUCAUCCAGAACCAGAAGGCUGAGAUGGAGCGUCUGGAGAAGAAGGCCAAGAUGCUGGAGUACAAGAUCGACAUCCUUCAGAAGACCACCAACAUUUACGAGGAGGACAAGCGCUCGCUGCAGCAGGAGCUGGAGAGCCGUGAGCAGAAGUUCCUGAGGGAGCUGUCUGAGAAGAAGCGCAUGGAGGCCCGCAUGCAGGGCAUGGUGUCAGACACCAAGCAGAAAUGGGAGAAGGAAUGCGAGAGGCGUGUGAACGCCAAGCAGCUGGAGAUGCAGAACAAGCUGUGGGUGAAGGAUGAGAAACUGAAGCAGCUCAAGGCCAUCGUGACCGAGAGCAAGUCUGAGAGACCUGAGGCGCCCCAGCGGCCCUCCCGGGAGAAGGACCGACUUCCUGCCAAGAGAUCUGCGUCGCCCUCCCCUGUUCCUUCUCUGUACUCUGCUCCUCAGCCGUGCCCCCCCAGCCAGGCCCCUGUGUACUACCCCUCCCAGCUCAGGCCAGGGCCCUCCUCCCCCACUCCUAGCGCUAGCUCCCUGUCUGUAGCCUCCUGCAUCUCAGACUGGGAGCUGAGGGCCUCCCAGGACAGCUUCGGGCAGGAUAGCCACUCCCCCUUUGCCCCAGACCCAGCCUAUCAGACUAGAGGUCUAGACCAGGUCCAGGCCGCCAGGCUGGACAGGAGAAGAGGCAGGUGCUGGGUCAGGGAGGCAGAGGCCCGCCCCCAGCCAUGUGACCUAGACGUAGGCGAGGAAGCGUACAGGACCGCAGCGCCGGUGCGUCCGCUGCACAGGCGCUCCCACUCUGCUGGAGGGGAGAGGUGGGUGGACCACAAGCCCUCCUCCAACGUGGAGCUGGACACGGUCAUGCAGCCCAUCCUCCACAACGCCAUCACGGUGUCCACCCCCAGCGAGAAGGCCCUGUCCAAGUGUGACAAGUAUGUGCUGACUCACCAGGAAGUGGCGUCCGAUGGAGAAAUCCAGACCAAGCUGAUCAAGGGCGAGGUGUUCAAAACCAGAGGCGGAGGACAAGCAGUCCAGUUCACUGACAUUGAAACUCUGAAACAGGAACUCCCCUCUGGCCCCAGUCGCAAGAGGAGGUCGUCUGAGGGCAAACCUGCCCAGGAGAAUGAGCAUGCGGAGGGAGACUGGACGGAUGUGGAGACCAGGUGCUCUGUCGCUCUGGAGAUGAGAGCCGGGUCGAACAUGGGGCCAGGAUACCAGCACCACGGGUAUCCUAAGCGCAGGAAGCCUUAAACAGCCUGGCCAAGUUUCUGCAACACACUCCAUGCCUGACUUCCCACGUGCAAUACCACACAUUUAACUUUGAAAUAUUGCUGUAGUAUCACUAUUUAAACAAUUUUCUAUGCUUUUAUAUAAAAAUGUAUAUAUUGUUCACUGACACUAUUUUGUCAAAUGUUUUAUAGUUUGGUGUGGUCACAAAAGUGUUAAUGUAUCAUGAUUCAGCCAAAGACUUGUUAAGUUGUAUUGCCCAGUGACAAACAAAACGUUUUGCAUUUGUAUACUUGUGUGUAAUUUUAGGGUUGGCAACCUAACAUGGUUGCAUGGCACAUAAGUAGAGUGGAAGGGAGGUCAAUAAGAUGACCCCUUUGUUUUAGUGUGUUAUUAUAUUCUCCUUGUGUCAAAAUUAAUGUUCAGGUUCACUUUUUGAAUCAGCAGGUGUUUCUUUUUUACAUUGAAUCUUCCCACAUGAACAGAGAAAAUCUUAAGAGCUGAGCUGCACAGCCUUUACUGUACUCUACUGUAGGAAUUCAAUAAAUUCCUUUUGUA